GCCCUCUGAUGGCCCACCUCUACCGAUUCUACGGUCUAGGCGGUGUUCAGGGCAGCGGCAUUUCAAGGACUGCACUGUAGAGGCGUGCUUAUUCGUCAAGAUAUUGUCAAGCAAUGGGCCACGAGAUUAGCUUAUGCUUAUCCGCUAUGCCGACGGAGUCGACAUCACGCACGCUUAUCUGACACUGUACAGCACACUCUCCUCCAUCCCAUAACCGCCAUUCAACGGCAUGCUAGACCGUCCUGGUCUUCGCCUCACACACACACACUCUCUCUCUCUCCGAAACGACGCAUCUGCCACUUGACAACCAUGCCCCGGGGCUAGCUAGCGCAGCCCUAUCAUUCGGCAGCCUUGCAGCUUCACCAACUUUUGCGCGGAAACGAAAUCCGUACCAGGCAGUAGCGGCCUUGCAGCGAUGGCAGAACCAGGCCCGGCCACGACGGCCCACGCGGCUCUUAACAACCGCCCCAGAACGCGCCAGAGGAUGCCCAAAGCGGCUCCCUCAUUGGACGUGCCGAGCAUCGAACAAGAUGCAUCAGAGAGAAAGCGGGUGCUGAAUGUUCUAGCCCAACGCAGAUACCGAGAACGUAAGAGGCAGAGUCGCCUCGGCAGGGAGAACAGCAGCCACGUUGAUGUUCCAGAGCGUCGGGUAUCUGAGACAGACGCUGACAGCGACCUCCCAUGUGCUGCCCCUUCAUUCGUACUUGAGACUGGGGGCCCAAUUGAGCAGGUUGCAGGCAAAGGCAGACCGCCGGCCAGUGAAGUAGAUGGCGCUACUGCGGGGUUCAAUCUGGAUGCGUCUGCGGUGUGGUCGACUGAUCCGUCAGACAGUGAUUCGAUAUCGGACCUGCUGUACAGCACGAACCCAACCGUCUUUGGCGCGGGCCUACACGUCGAAAGCUCUUGGGCAGUGGCGGCGGCGUUGCCCAGCACACCAUCGACAGUCGACCCUGCAUCGCUGAUGCAAUGUUCAUCUCUGUCACCGCCAGACUUCCCCGACAGCUACCUCCUCCCCAUGCGCGACCUGAAGGUCCUCAAGGGGCUCCUUCGGAUAGCCACUAGACUAGGAUCCUACUCUGUCAUGUGGGACCCCGCAGCGACCUCGCCGUUCAACCUGGGGACGGGAACGGCGGUGGAGCUGCUGCCCGAGACGUGGCGACCGACGGCGUCGCAGGUCCUCCUGCCGCACCACCCCAUCAUGGACUUCCUGCCAUGGCCAGAGGUGCGCGAUCGCGUCAUCAACCUCUUCAGCCUUCCCGACGAGGCGAGGCCGCCCGCGGCACGGGGCCAACUCGGACUCGUCAACUUUGCGUACGACUUGGAGGACUCUAGCGAAGGGGCGCGCAUCUGGGGCGCCGACCCGUACGAUGCGUCGAGCUGGGAGGUUGGCCAGGUCCUCUUCGAGAGGUGGUGGUUCGUGUUCGACAGGAAGGUCGUCAAGCAGAGCAACAAGUGGCGGCGACUCAGGGGCGCGGCGACAUUGCAGAUGCGGCCCGGGCAGUGUGGUUGACCGGUCCGAGACCGGUUGAGCGUCUUGCGGGGGUUCCGGACGAGUCAGGACGUCAAUGUGGGCGGGCGAAAAUCAAGAGAGAGAAAAAAAUCCAAUGCCAUCCAAAAGACGGGGGCGAGAGUUGUUCUGGGCUCUCCAGUUCUACAUGGCAGCGGUCCAGUCGCCAGCUACGCGCUGACUGCUACACCCACACGAUACGGCCUGGUAUGCCUGUCCGU